ACCCCUAAUAACAACGAAUAAGUAACUCACGGUUCAGCACAUCCAACUAAGCUAACCAAGAAAGGCCGUCGGCUUUCUUCAAUCUGCGACUGCGAGCAAGCCAGAACCAGAAUCUCGCAACUUUGGUUUGCGGUUCCCAGCUUCCCUCUCGUCUCCUGCCCCCUGCCUGAGUUUUGCCGUCGGUAGUCAUUUGAAGGGGCCUCUAAUUCUCUGGCAAUGGGGAAGGACUCCAAAGCAAAAGAUGCAGGAGGUAAAGGCAAAGGAAAGCAGGCAGCUGGCGGGAGUGACGAAAAUGCUUCGAAGGGGAAGGGAAAAAGUGGAAAGGCUGAUGGACUUGGCACAUGCACUUAUGUGAAAGCAAAAGUGAGACCCUGGUGGAUUGCCCUAAGCUCCGCCAGGAUCGCCGACCCGGUGCCGAUUUUACAACAGAAUCCCCCCAACCAAUCUCCAUCAUGAUCUCUAAGACAACCUCCAGCCGAAGCAAUGCCCGAACUACCUUGUGCCGCACCAUCUGUGUUCAAUUUCAGCAGCCUGUCGGUGGAGGAGUCCACCCAACCAUUUGCUCUUGUCUACGUAGCUGCUUUCCUGCAUCAGUUGUUAUCUCUGCUGCCUCACAAGUUACAAUCCACUCCUUAGCUUUCAGUGUAAUAUAGUUGAUCAGGGAAGAGUCCAACGACCUUUUGCCUUUGGAAAUGUAGUCACAUCUGUAUUUCCACAUAUACCAGGUAAUCAAGGAGAAGAAGGUCGCCCAUUCACCUGGCCAUUCACCUUCUUAAUACACCCUGUUUUUGAAAAGCUUUCCACAAAAUUGAAUGUCACAUGUCCUUUUACUUCUUUUUUUUUUUUUUUUUUUUUGUGCUUAUUAGCUUUAUGCUAUUCAUCUGUGGUGUGGCAAGGCAUCUGUUAUGUGAGAAGCAAGGUUCCUUUUAUUAAUGUUUAUUAGCUUUUGCUAUUCUUCUGUGGUUUAGCAAGGCAUAUCUUAUGUGAGAAGCAAGGUAAGAUUAAUGAAGCAUACAAGAAGCUACAAGAUGGUUGGCUAAGCAAUGGAGACAAAGUCCCUCCUGCUGAGUUUGCAAAGUUAGCAGCAGAGUAUUCAGAAUGUCCUUCAGGGAAGAAGGGUGGAGACCUUGGAUGGUUUCCUCGUGGCAAGAUGGCCGGUCCUUUCCAAGAGGUCGCUUUCAACACCCCUGUUGGAGCUACCAGCGCACCGUUUAAGUCAACACAUGGGUAUCACGUAAUCCUAGCUGAAGGCAGAAAGAAUUGAUGGAAAUGGUCGUCAAAUGGGGCAGUGGUUAUGAGUGUUGAUGUAUCGAUUGUUUCUAGUCCUUUUCCCAGUGAGAAUUUGAAUUUUAGCAGCUAUGCCUUUUCCAUUCCUCCAUUUACUUUAUCACUAUGGAACAAUUGAGUGAAUGUUCAUACAUAAUCUCAUUGUCGUCGUCAUGACUAGGAGUGAAAUUGCCUGAAUGGCACGCAUAGAUGUUACAAGAACAGCUGAAGCCGGAAGAUCUCUUCCCAUUUAAUAAGGAGGAGGUGAAAGUGAAACUGCUUUAUAUUUCUAUUUUAUCAAUUUGGUCCGUAUGAACUGCUGAACUGAUGCAUAAUUGAGGGGAGGGACAAAUAUAGUGACUUUAUGUCUAAUUUUUCUAUAUAUAUGGGGUCGUUUGGAUUGA